GCAAAAAAAAGCUUCCCCUUCGCCGCUCGCCCGCCGAAGGAGUUCUGCUAGUCGCCAGAAGUUGGCCACUGAAAAAGUUUUGAGCUCAAUUUUUCUCUCAUUCAUGGACUUAUCCAAUUCGUCUUCCGUACGAGUACUUGUACGGCCUCCGCCGGUAUCAACACCCACUUCCUCGCACACGCCUCUCCCUCCUCGUACUGCCUCACCAGAUCCCUCUACUUCAUAUUCUUCUUCCUCGCCCUCACUGUCCCUUCCACGUCUGUCCGACAGUGUGGUCGUCGUGGGGUUUAUCGGGACGAGACCCGAUGAUUCGAUUCAACUCAUCAAUCGGAUUAUUGAUUCCAAUGUGUUCGGGUCCGGUAACUUGGAUAAGAAAUUGAAUGUCGAGAAAGAGGAAGUUAGAGACUGGUUCAAGCGGCGGAGGAUUAGUUAUUAUCACGAGGAGGAGAGAGGCAUUCUGUUUUUGCAGUUUUAUUCCAACAAGGGUCCGGUAUUCGACGCCGAAGCAGAUUGUGAUUCGGGGAUUGAAGAACAUGAUUUUGGGGAUCUUCAGGGAAUGCUUUUCAUGUUCUCCGUUUGCCAUGUAAUCAUAUAUAUUCAGGAGGGGUCACGGUUUGAUACUAAUAUUUUGAAAAAAUUUAGAGCUCUACAAUCUGCUAAGCAUGUUUUAACUCCAUUUGUAAAAUCUCGAGCUACACCACCACUGCCAUCCAGGCUGCAUUAUUCAUCUGCUUCACGGUCUGUUCCUUCAGCGGCUGUGUCUAGCAAUUCUUCUCCAAUUAGAAGUGGUUCUAUCUUAACCCGCAAUGCUUCUGGCAUCUCUGUAAUGUCAGGUUUAGGUUCAUAUACCUCGUUGUUUCCUGGACAGUGUACUCCUGUCAUACUGUUUAUUUUUAUUGACGACUUCUUAGAUGGCCCAAUUACUAGUUCUAAUGUGGAGGGAGCAGAUACAGUAGCACUUAAUCAGCCUUCGAGUUCAGAUAGUACAUCCAGGCAAAACUUGCCAGUUAAAGGUUCAGGAUCUGUUGUUGUACUUGCUCGUCCUGUGAGCAAAUCAGAAGGUGGUUUCAGGAAGAAAUUGCAGUCAUCACUUGAGGCACAAAUUCGCUUUCUAAUCAAGAAAUGUCGAACACUUGCUGGUUCUGAGACCAGUCAUGCAGGGUCCAGAGGUGGAGGUGCCUCAAGUUCUGCACCUUUGUUUUCACUCGAUGCAUCAAAAGCCGUUGUUUUGGUGGACAGGUCUGCAAAUAGGAAAGCUGAGUCUCUAGAGUUUGCAACUAGCCUUGUGGAAGAUGUUUUGAAUGGAAAAGCCACUUCAGAUUCUCUGCUGCUUGAAAGUCAUGGUCAGAGUGCUAGUAAAGAGGAUAUAGUAUCUCUAAAGGAAUUUAUUUAUCGGCAGUCGGACAUUCUAAGGGGUAGAGGGGGGCUGGUCCCUAGUACAAACAGUGGUUCAGCUGGUGGGGUUGGCAUGGUUGCUGUUGCAGCUGCUGCAGCUGCUGCAUCAGCUGCAUCUGGAAAGACCUUUACUACUCCCGAACUUCCAAGUAUGGAAAUUUGGUUAUCUUCAAGUCAACAACUUCUCGAUGGAGUUCUCUCAGCAAAAGGCGGUUGCAUAGAUGAAGUGGAAAUGAGUAAACGAAAACCACGUCACCGGCACAUUCCUCCUGCAUCAAUUGAGGGAAAUGCUUUGAAGGAUCUAGAUCCUUUAGAUAUUGCUGUAUCCUGGUUGGAAAGUGGUAAAGGUUUGAAUAUGAAGUUUUCAACUUCAUGGUGUGAAAGAGCAUUACCAGCUGCAAAGGAGGUUUAUCUAAGAGAUUUACCUGCAUGUUAUCCCACUUCACAGCAUGAAGCCCACCUGGAGAAAGCUUUGCUUGCUUUCCAUUCAAUGGUUAAGGGACCUGCAGUGCAACAUUUUGCAAAAAGGUUGGAGGAAGAAUGCAAAUCAAUUUGGAAUUCUGGGAGGCAACUAUGUGAUGCCGUUAGUCUCACUGGAAAACCAUGCAUGCAUCAGAGACAUAACUCUAAGAAAGGAGAUUCACCUGCAGAAACCCUGCCAAAGUCUCAUUCAAGUGGAUAUGUCUUCCUACAUGCCUGUGCCUGUGGCCGUUCACGACGACUCCGAUCUGAUCCUUUUGACUUUGAAUCAGCAAAUGUUUCUUUCAACCGUUUUGCUGACUGUGACAAUUUUCUUCCAGUUGUCCAGUUACCAGGAGUAAGCAUAACAGGACCCAUUCAGCCAUCAUCAUGGACUCUGAUUCGAAUUGGUGGUGCAAAGUACUAUGAACCUUCAAAAGGUUUACUACAGAGUGGAUUUUGCCCCACUCAAAAGUUCCUAUUCAAAUGGAAAAUUAGUACGAGAAUAAGGAAGACUCCAACUGAUUUUACAGAUAAUGUAAUGAUGCAUGGCCCUUUAAUAAAGUCACUCAUAGACUCUAAGGUUGAACCACACGUAAAUGUAAACAUGAAGAAUGCAGAUGUGCAACUGAAGCCAGGGGAUCUACAGCCCGGGAAUGAUAAUGAAAGAAAUUCCCCAGACAACAUUAAGGCUGGGGAUAAAAAAGGCAUCAGUGGUAGAGGUCCUCCCAACUUUGCCCUGCGAAAACCAUUUUCUGAGGUGGUGGCUGGAUCGUCAGGUCCAGAUGUUGGAUUUCCACCUCUCCAGCAGAGGAAACAUUCUUCAUCAGGUAUGGAUAAGGGCAUCAAACAAAAUAAGGCUGUAAAUAGUUCUGAGCGAGGCUAUGUUACUGUUGAUCACCACGGCUCAAAGAACUCUGUAAAUGUUAUUAGUCUUUCGAAAAACACAAAUGAGAUUAACAGCAAUGAGGGUUCAGAUAGUAACUCCUUUCUGCAAAUAGGUACUAACGUAGUUCCUAUGAAUGUAAAUAGUUUUGAAAAAACAAAAGACCCUCUUCUGAAGCACACACUUGUAUAUAUUGGUUUUGAGCAUGAAUGCCCUCAUGGGCACCGUUUCCUACUAAAUUCUGAGCAUCUUAAGGAACUCGGAUCAUCUUAUGCUACAACUAAAGAAUCUCAUACUCCUGUGCAAACUGCUGCAUGCAAUGAUCCUUUGAAACAUGGUAAAAGUGACCGUCUUGGUAAAACUCAUCAUAGUGUAAAUACAGCAAAUGGUACUUUCCCAAGUAAGCAGAGAAAUUUAGAAAAGUUAAAGGAUGCAGCGACUAGUGGCAGCCUGUUUUUAGAUGACCAGUCAAACUACAAUAGAAGGACGACAGGAAACAAUCUGACAUCUGUUUGUGCAACGGUCUCCAACUCUGUAAAAGACCUUGAAAAAGGUGUUAAGUCUAUUGGCAUUGAGGAAAAUGGAUGUGCUUCCUUCAUGUUGAAUCGAAACCUACCGAUUUUCAUGAACUGCCCACAUUGCAAGCUCUCAAAGAAUGAAAAAGAUCCACCAAAUGCUAAGUUCUCCGGCACAAUAUCUCAACUUCAAAGGAUUUUCUUGGUGACACCUUCAUUUCCAAUUGUGUUGGCUACACAUCCAGUGAUACAAUUUGAGGAGUCGUGUCUCCCCCCUUGUGUUCCUGGACGACAGCAGAAACUGCAGUUCACACUUGGAUGUCAAGUGGUCUUGCCCCCCGAGAGUUUUCUAACACUUAGGCUACCGUUUGUGUAUGGUGUGCAACUGGAGGAUGGAAGUCUGCACCCUCUUAACCCUCUUCAGCAUCAACCUGAAGCUACUGCGUGGAUAAUUGGGGGCACAACAUUGCAGAUCCUGUCGAAGUCUGGUAGUUUGGAUGAGGGAUCUCAAACAUAAACAAAAUUUUUUAACAUUGGAACUUGAUCUGUAUUACCUGCAUCUGCGAAGGAUUAAGUGAUGCACACAUAUGUUACCAGCUUCAUCAAAGUGUUGUUAUCGACUACAGAUGUAAAAUAUGACUUGUCUACCAGGAUACUUUUCUUUAGUGAUUAUCAUUCUGAUACACCAAAUACUCGGUGAUGGUGGGCUGCUUUCUUCCAGACUGGACAACCAACCAGAAGAUGUUGAGUUAUUUUCAGAACUGAAUAAUCUUAAAAGAUGUUUCUGAAGCUGAGACAUUCCCCAUUGUUGUGGAAACUCUUCCCAAAUAUUUCCUUCCGUUCACGAAGCAACAUAAUUGUGCUGCAGCUGCUCCGACCAUGUACUACAAAAACUACCCCACGCUGUGCAAUAUGCUUGAGAAUACCCGACGAAAAUUCACCAUUUUUUCCCCUCACUGCACAAUGUAUCUACUGAGUUCAAACUAAACAAAAAUGUAGGAAUGUAUCGUGUUCAAACCAGAUGUUCAUAAAUCAUAUGAAAAUGUUGUCAUUUGAAUCCUAAAGUUUUCUUAGUAGUCAGUACCCAAGAGCUAUUUUGUAAUUAAGAGGAUGUUUAGCUCGUGGAUUUAACAUGUUUGAAUUUGUGUA